CAAGCCAGCCCAGGCCCUCGCGCCCUUUGUUGCUUUCGCUGCUGCGAGUUGCUGCCACGUCCCCACCCCUUGCAGCAGCAGCAGCAGCAGCCGAUCGCAGCAGGAGCCCACCCCAUCCCAGCAGCAGCAGCAGCAGCAGCAGCAGCAGCAGCCGAUCGCAGCCUUACUAGCAGCGCACCCCCGCAGCAGCAGCGGCCUCCGCGUCCUCCGCGGGAGCCUCCCUCCACCCGCACCCGCACCCCCGCAGCAGCAGCAGCAGCAGCAGCAGCAGCAGAAGAUGUCGACGCUGCGGAGCGAGCCGAUGGUGCGGGGCACCAUAGUGCUGCCGUCUUCGCUGCCGGUGGCCCACGAGCUGCUGGAGCGGCUGGGGCGGCUGGGGGCCGUGCAGUUCGUGGACAUGCAAGCAGCAGCACUUGCGAGGCCUUACAACAACUACAUUCAAAGAAUAGAAGAAAUGGAAAGAAUAAUAAGGUUUCUGCAGGAGGAGAUCCGCUGCCUGGAGGGCGGCCCGGGCGCAGCAGCAGCAGCAGCAGCAGCAGCAGCAGCAGCGCCGCAGGGCCUCGUCGUCGUGGCCCCCGACGGCGAACGCAGCUUCCUCGAUAAUGGACACGGCUACGUUUUGGACAAAGUGGAGGAAGCUUUGAACCGGCUGUACGGACAGUUCGUGCUCUUCAAGGGAAACAAUUCAAGUUUGCAAUCCGAGAAAAAUGCUGCUCUCGAGGAGCAGUGCGUGCUGCGGGUGGCGCUGCAGCAGCUGCAGGGCGGCGCUGCAGCAGCAGCAGCAGCAGCGCGCGCGCCCCCUGGCUCGCCGCCGCCCGAGGCCCUCUCCGACCUUGAGGACGGCGGCUCCAACUUGCUGCUGCUGCAGCAGCAGCAGCAGCAGCGCCAGCGCUCCUCCGAGGAAGACCUCGGACCCGGCAGCCUCGGCCGCAAAGCUGCAGCAACUGCUGCUGUGUCUGCUGUUGCUGGCGUCCUGCCAGCAGCGGAAAUCCCCCGCUUCCAGCGCACGCUCUUCCGUGCAACUCGCGGCAACGCCUUCUGCUUCUUCCAGUCCAUCGAGCUCCCCUUCUGCGACCCCAAGUCCGGACAGGAUAUUCAAAAAAGUGUUUUCGUUGUUUACCAUCAAGGAAGCACGCAGUCGCUGCUGCACGAGAAGAUCACCAAGGUCAGCAGCGUCUUCGGCGGCUGCUGCUACGAGUGGCCGCUCAGCCUCAAGCAGACGCAGGAGCGAUUGGAGGGUUUGGCAGAUGUCAUUAAAGACAAAGAAAAGGCGCUGGCCGCCUACGAACAUUACUUUUUGGGAGAAAUUUCCACUUUGCUGGAUGUUCCCAGAGAAGGCAGUUCUUCUUUGAUCGAAGAAUGGCGGAUGUUCUGCCAAAAGGAAAAAGCCAUUUACGCGGCCCUCAACUGCUUCGAAGGCAAGCCUCCCCAAUUGCGCAUCUACCUAGCUAAAUAG